UUCGCGGCGCUGGGCUGGCGGCAGCUGGUGCCCGCGGUGCCCCUGAGCCAGCUGCACCCGCGCGGCCUGCGGAGCUGCGCCGUGGUCACGUCGGCCGGCGCCAUCCUCAACUCCUCCCUGGGCGAGGAGAUAGAUUCUCAUGAUGCAGUUUUGAGAUUUAACUCUGCACCUACACGUGGCUAUGAGAAAGAUGUUGGAAAUAAAACCACUGUGCGCAUCAUUAAUUCCCAGAUUCUGGCCAACCCCAACCAUCACUUCAUUGAUAGUUCAUUGUAUAAAGAUGUCAUUUUGGUGGCCUGGGACCCUGCUCCUUAUUCUGCAAAUCUUAACCUGUGGUACAAGAAGCCGGAUUACAACCUCUUCACUCCAUAUGUUCAGCACCGGCAGAGAAACCCAAAUCAGCCAUUUUACAUUCUUCAUCCUAAAUUUAUAUGGCAGCUCUGGGACAUUAUCCAGGAGAACACCAAGGAGAAGAUUCAGCCCAACCCACCAUCUUCUGGCUUCAUCGGAAUCCUCCUCAUGAUGUCCAUGUGCAGCGAAGUUCACGUGUAUGAGUACAUCCCGUCCGUCCGGCAGACGGAGCUGUGCCACUACCACGAGCUCUACUACGAUGCAGCCUGCACGCUGGGCGCCUACCACCCGCUGCUCUACGAGAAGCUGCUGGUGCAGCGGCUCAACACGGGGGCCCAGGGCGACCUGCACCGCAAGGGCAAGGUGGUGCUGCCUGGGCUCCGGGCCGUGCGCUGCCCUGCGCCCGGCCGCGUGGGGCCCCGCUCCUGAAGAGGGGCUCCUGAGAGUCCAUGUGCAAUAAGGUACUACCGUCUACUCUAGUCACAGGAGAAUACUUGAAGAUCUAGUUUAGGCAAUGCAGUCUUCAGUCUUCAGACUGUAAUCUAGUGGUGGCUACGAGAAUUCCUCUUUUUCUAAGCCAUUGAGUAUUACUGCUUUGAAUACAGAAAUGGAGUUUAAAAGGAAAAAAACUCAAGAAAGAUGCAAAAAAACUAAAAAAACACAAAAAGCAAAUGUAUGACAAAUGGGUCCUAAACCUCCAGAAAUCUUAGCCUUUUCUUCUGCCUUGGGCACCCCUUAUCUGGGUUGGUUUCAGCUGCAGGUUUCCAUGAUUAAUGGUCUAUACACCCAUGUCGAGGUACGGUAUCCAUGGCACCUAAUGUGUCCCUUGUACAUUCAUUCAUUAUUAAAGAUCCUAGAGUUUAAGACAAACAUCUGAAUGAUCACUCAGGUGUGUUUAACAGCAGAAUCCCCAGUAUAUGUUGAGAGAUGCACAUGUUUCCAAACUGUUGCCUUCCCCAGUCUGUUUCCUGUUGCCCAGUGAGUCUCUGCUCUUUCUGUAUCAGGACAGAUUUCUAAAACGAUAAAGCAUUCAUCUCGAGCGGUCCAAGAAAAGCCACCCUGGAAUAGCACUACAGAUGAGACACUUGGUUUUCCUGCAGUAUGUUUGUACUCAGGCAAGUACACACAGAAUCACCAGGCUGCAGGGUGGCCCUGGGGCCAGGAUGUUCCCAGCUCCAACUUUUGCGCCCUGUACCUCUUCAGCUGACAGUCCUCACAGCCCUCACACUGUUAAAUCCACGGACACCUGUGACCCCCUCGUCUGUGAGGAAAGGCCCUUCCCAUCCAGCAGGAGGGAUUUCAGAGCCUUCACUCUGUGCUUCUGGAGAUGCAUCCCUGUCUCUUCCAUAGGGAUGCCUUUCAGGUCAGUAUAAGCUACUGGAAACCUAGCCGUGAUGUACUGGAUUCUCACUAAUUCUCCCUGCAGACAGACAGUGAGGAACCCUGCCCUUGUUUUCACAGAUACAUCCUAUGUCAGCAACAUAAAGCCAUAUAGUUAAAUAAAACUGUGUGAAAAGGUUGUUUGUUAACAACAAGGAAAAUAACCUACGUGCUUGAGAGGCAAUGGCAGCUGGAGGGGAGGACCUUGCCACCCCAGUGCUACAUUCAAUUCUGUUUUGUUUUGGUUUUAAUCUCGGCUUUUGUCACUGAUCCAUUGAAAAACAAUUUUUUUUUUUUGGCUAUGAAUGUAGUGAAACAGAAACGUCUUGGAGUACCUUAAUUAAACAUGCUAUCUCUCUAUAUAACCAAAACAUUUUUCAGCAGUACACGUGAGACUUCUUUUAAUUAAAAAAUACGUUCUCCCUUGCAAGCAUGUGAAUUUCAGGAGAGUUUCCUGGGAAAGUUGUUGUUGUUGUUGUUGUUUUUCCAGGAUUUGUUUUUUUCCUGAGUGCUUUCCAAACUACUUUCUUGAGCAAGAAUGGUUUAAAGAAAUUGAGAGCUUCUGUUUGGUUCAUCUGACUCACCAGAAAUCAGGUUGGGUAAUAGACCUCUCCUAUGGCUUAUUAUGAUAGUGAAGUGUAGGAAUAAUUGAAAUUUUAAUCAUGAGAGUAUCCACUGAAAGCCCAUUUUGAGAGCUUUCUUUCUUGAUCUCUGAAAAUAGAUCCAUAAUUUUAUCCUACACAUAAGCCUAUGUGUGAGCAGACAUAGGCCACUUUUCUCUCUUAGUUUGUCCCCAUGUGGCAUGAGUAAGGAGUUCAGUGACUGCAUGCUGGUGAGGUAGCUCUGAGCACGGUGAGGCUCUGCCUUCAAGCGCCCAUGACAUUGAAGUUCCUUUGAUAUUCUUCCUAGUGGAUUUCCUUCCGACCUUCUUUUUAUCCAGGACGGCGCCUUCAGUGACAUACGAGCUUGGCCAGAGGAAAUAUUACUGCGUUCAGUAUAAAUGUUCAAGUUCAGAAGCCCCAGAAAACACUUCAGAGAUUUUUAAGUAGCAUUUUGUUAUAACAUGUAUACUUCUAAAAAGUCCUUUCAGUAUCACUGAGGUUACAAGAAAGACUGAAGAACAUAAAGGAAAUUUAAUUAAAAUUUUUCAAUUUAUUAUAGCCUUAAAGACUCUUGGGAAUUGGUCUGUUAAACAUUCAGAAAAUGUGGUACACAUAUUAAUACAGCAUGGCUGGGCAUUCUUCUGUCUGAAAGUUUAAAUUGUUUAGCUUUGCAAAAAUAUCAGGCAGUUACAGUUAACAUGAUGGCUGCAUCUAGUAUUAGCUAAAUCGGUCUUAAGUGGUAGUAUUUUGCCAGGACAUUGAUUAAGUCCUUCCAGGCUACAUUUACUGAACUGCAAUAAACACACAGCUCUUCUGUGGAGUAGUUAACAAUAAACGCUGUCCUAUUACAUUUCUCCUGGGCUCUGUUCCUCCCAAAAUGUUCCUUCCACUUCUGGAAGGGACACUGAUAAAAUCCUUAAGGUGUAACCUGAAGCCAUUAUCUUCAAUUGAAGAUAAUUUCACUGGAUCUUUGGUGGUGGUGGUUGUUAUUACAAAGAAACAAAUGUUGACCGAGAAUGAUAACUCACCUUCAUCUAGAUUUUCCCGACUGGUUUCCCCAGUUCCUCUACCAGGUAUGAGGGUGGGGUUUAGUAGGUGUUGAAAGCUCACUGUCCCCAAGGAAUUCCAACCCCAGCCCCCUGGACCUGACCUUCCCCACCUAAGUCCUUACAAGGCUGCUUUUAUCAAGAACUUUGUGCAAAGGCCAAGAGAUGGUCGAUUAAAAAUUGCAUGUAUGCACCAUGCAGCAUCAAGGGCAUGCAUUACAAUGAGCCAAGUGAAGGGCUUUUGUGCAUCUUCCAAUUAUUGGGUCUUUGCUAAUCUGCCUGUAUGUAGUGCUCCUGCAUCAGUUACAACACUUCCAGUGUCUCCUGCCCCAGGAAUCUGAGCCAGACGUUGAAUCAAUCCUCAACUCCCCAGUGAUCAUCUGUCAUUGUAGCCAUAGUGUCUGGACAAAGCAGUGCUGAAAUAAUCGUUAGCACUUUCAAAAUUGGGAAAUAAAAGUAACUGUUUAAAGCUACCAUGGGGUUGCUCCUUUACAUGGUUAUGAGCCAGUUCGUUCUGGUGGAACAGAUUAAUACCUUAUGUUGGCUGACCCUUCUAGGCAGGAACACUUACAUCCACUGAGUUAAUUAAUUAGGUCUAGGUCCAUUUUGGCUGCAUGAAGUGGGAUCAGUCUCACAUGAGUAAUGGCAUAUGAUGGAAACAUUUUUUUUUUAUGUACAAAUAACAUGAUUCAAGUUCUCUCUCAAGCCUGUCUAAGAGAUCAACACACAGUGCAUGUGUGAGGCUGAUAGGUAGAGUGACCUGGUCUCAUUUCUGCUCGGCUAUGGGAAGAGACAGUGAGGGAGGUGGGGAAUUCGUAACAGGCCAGAUAGUCUCUGAAUAUAUUCUGAUAUUCUGUCAUAUGGUCCGAUUCGACUUCCCACCUUCUGGUAGGUCAGAGCUCUUCCGCAGUUCUGACAGCCGGUGAAGGCAGCUACAUUUAGAAACUAACUGCUUAGGUAAAAUGUGCCUGCGUUCAAACUUGUGUUUUUAUACUCUGGACAUUUCCAUUGUGAGAAUAUUCUGCAUGUUCUUGUCACCUGGGCAUUAUUUACACAACUGGUAAACGAAAGGUAUCUCUGUGAAUUCAAGGAUAAAAUGUAAAUUCUGAUUCUUGUUUUCUUAAAUAAAUGAAGCCUUUUAGUAAGACAUAAUAAUCCAGCAUACUCCUCUACAAGCUUGGAAUGAUAGAAUUUAAAGAAUUAAAGACAUUGCUCUAGUUCUUACUUUUGUUAUAAAAGUGUGCAUGUAGAUAUAGUUAUAUAAUUGUAUAUAUACGUAUCUACACACAUGGUUGGUUUUAUAUUGUCUUUUUUCAUCAAACUUUUCCUGAAACCUUUACAACCAAUUUUAUUUUAAUUGUGCAAACGCCAAUGUUUUAAUAGAAGAAUGCAAAUGGUGUAUGUCCCUCUAUUAAAAAAAAUCAGUCUUCCCACACACUGAUAUUUUAUACAUCCCAAGUAUGUUAAAAAGUAUGGUGGAACAUUUAAAGGCGCUAUGCAGGUCGAGCCACAACCUGAACACUGUGGCCUUGUCGGAAGCCUAAUGUAAUGCUGAACGUUGAUGAGAAGGUUAUUUAUUAUAGCUCCUGGCUUUUACAAAGUUAGGGGGAAAGUGAAUAUUGGCUCCAUGGAAAAAUAAUCUUACCAGGUAGGUUUCACACAAAUUAACCGCACUGGUAGUGCUAAAACCCAACAUUUCUGAUGCCGCACAUCCUGUUCUACUCCAGAUAAAACACGUAUGAAAUUUUUCCAGUGGGAACCAGUGAACUUUUUUAACAGCUUUGGGAAUUUUUUUGUAUGAUGAUUUUUAAACUGGAAUGUGUAUCCUUCAAACUGAUGAAGGUCUGAGGUUUUUCCAGGAGUCACAUUUUAAAAGUGUUUGUAUACAUUUUAACACCUUUGAUAUUUUCUAGUUUGGUUUUGUAUAUUUUUAUGUAUACCCAGUGUACAGACUUUUUCUUGUAAAUAAAACAUGUUUUCAUUUGUCUAGAA